AUGCCGGACAUUGCUCACAAUGAUGAAAAGCCUCAUGAGCGAUCUGCCGACGAGGUAGAACCCAGGAUUUCAGUAUCUCGAACCUCGACAAGGGAGGACAAUGACGACUUGACGGCCCGCGGCCUGGGGGAAAAGUCGGCCGAGUCGGCACCGGGCUUGCCGCUCACCAACCCCGUCCGCGAAGUCGCGACCGGCAGCAGCGACGACGACGACAACGACAACGUGGGCGCCGUCGAAGCGCAGCGUGUGUCGUCGCGCGCUUCUUCGACUAGGUCCCGGGCAUUGAGUGUCGUGCCCAGGGCAAGACGGCGCGGGCUGUUUGCCCGACUGGCCGUGCUGCCCGAGGUCCAUCGGCCGUAUGACUACUCCAACAAGACCAAAUGGACCAUUACUUUUAUCGUUGCCAUUGCCGCCGCCGCUGCGCCAAUGGGUUCGGCCAUCUUUUAUCCCGCCCUCCCGGAGAUGUCGGCAGAAUUCGACGUCUCUUCCACGGUGGUAAAUCUGUCAGUGGCCUUUUACAUGCUGGCCAUGUCCAUCUUUCCGUUGUGGUGGUCCUCUUUUUCCGAGACCUUGGGCCGGCGCACGAUAUAUCUAUCGUCGUUUCUGCUCAAUGUCAUCUUUUCGCUCAUUAGCGGCAUGAGCGUCAACAUUGCCAUGCUCAUUGUUUUUCGGAUCCUGUCGGGCGGCGCCGCGGCCUCGGUGCAGGCCGUUGGCGCCGGCACCAUUGCCGAUAUCUGGGAGUCCAGGGAGCGAGGGCGCGCCAUGGGAUUCUUUUACCUCGGGCCGCUCAUGGGUCCCCUCAUUGCGCCGAUUGUGGGAGGCGCCCUCGCCCAGGGCUUUGGCUGGCGCAGCACUGUCUGGUUCCUCACGUGCUACGGCGCCGUCGUAUUUGUGCUUAUUCUCUUUGCCUUGCCCGAGACGCUCGCGCAGCGCAAGCCGCUCGUCCCCCGGCCGGCUCAGCCCGUUAUCGCCGAUGGGCAGGCCUUGUCCCGGGUGUCCACAACGCGGUCCGUACAGAUGCAGUCCCAGCACGCGGCUGCAGUUUUGAAAAAGGCUCUUAUUGACCCACUCGAGGUCUUGACGUACCUACGGUUCCCGGCUGUUGCUAUUGUUGUGUACUAUGCAGCUAUUACCUUUGGUUCGCUAUACGUCCUCAACAUCAGCAUUCAAUCCGUCUUCUCAGAGGCACCCUAUGGCUUCUCUGCCAUUAUUAUUGGACUGCUGUAUAUUCCGAGCUCGCUGGGAUAUUUUAUAGCCUCACUGAUAGGCGGAGCUUGGCUCGAUAGAAUCAUGAUCCGGUCCGCGCAGCGUGCAGGGAGAUACGACGCCGAUGGCAAGCUAAUCUACCUACCCGAGGACCGGAUGCGCGAGAACGCCUGGAUCAGCGCGACGUUAUAUCCGGGAGCACUGAUCUGGUACGGCUGGACGGCGUCGAGCGGCGUGCAUUGGAUCGCACCCUGCAUUGCCAACUUCUUUUUUGGUGUCGGCUCCAUGCUCGUCUUUAGUGCUGCGACCACCAUGCUGACCGAGUUCAUGCCGCGCCGUAGUAGUAGCGGUGUCGCUCUGAACAACUUUGUCCGUAACAUUUUCAGCUGUACUGGCGGUAUCAUUGCGCAGCCCCUCAUCAAUGUCAUGGGUGACGGCUGGCUAAUGACCAUGGUGGGCUUAAUCGCCUGGAUCUCUGGAAAUGUUUGUUUGUGGCUUUUGAGGAAGAAUGCAUCAAAGUGGCGAGUUCAGAUGGACAAGGAGCUCAACAAAUAA